AUGAAGCUCCACAACACGCUGACGCUAACAAUUUGCGUUCUCCUCGUUCCGCUGAUUGCUGGCCAGUGGAGCCCUUGGACACCAAUGGUGAGAAAAACAACACGUCGACUCAUCCCAGCACCCACGCAACGGCCAUUUUCAACGGCAUUAAAAUUUGGGGAUGACUCCUCAACAACAUCACCGCCAGGACUGAGAUCUCCCACGACACGAACGACACCACCGGCACCUUAUACAUCUAAGCCUCUCGGGGUACUCGUGGCGCCUGAUAAUGACGCCAAAAUAACGCACUCAAUGCUCGAUUUCAUGAUACGCAUUAGCCGCACCCUAGCCCAACAGCAGAGUAAAACGGAACUGUUCUCACCAGUCAGCAUUGCCACCGUGGCAAGUCUGUUGUUCCUUGGGGCGAAAGGUACCACGCACGAGGAGUUUAAGAAAGUGCUAACACCGGCGGGUAUGAACUGGAACCACUACCAUCAGCGCUACAGUGGUGUGCUGGCGAAUCUCGUGUCGCAGAAUCCGAUCGACAGCAAGCGGGAUCAAUGGCGCCGCCAGACGUGCCCAAUCAACGACGACUACGAGGACGAACCGGAGGCUCCUGAGCCGAAGUCCCAAAUCAUCCGUCUGGCGAACGGAGUCUUCUACCAACCGUCCCUGAAGAUCGAGCAGAAAUACGUGUCGCUGGCCAGCGGCUUAUAUGGUGCAUUGGUUGAACCGAUUGACCAGCAAAACACGGCGGCAAAGAUUAACCGCUGGGUCAGCGAUAUGACGGCCGGCAAAAUCCCCAACAUGCUGGAUGGCCCUCUCAGCCCAAGCUCCAGUGUGGUGCUUGUGAACGCGCUCUACUUCAAGGGCAAAUGGAAGACCCAGUUCGAGCCAUUGGUCACUCGUCCGGCGCCUUUCUUCCCCCACGGCUACGAUAGACCAUCGUACCCCGUAACGAUGAUGAGCCUCUCCGGGUGCCUGCCGUUCCACAAGACACGGAAUGGAGUGUCGAUCGUUGGUCUGCCGUACCGUGACGAUUCCAGCACGAUGUAUCUGAUUCAGCCGACGAACUCGAGCGAAACCGCCAUCCGCCGCCUGCAGGCCACACUGACCGGAAAGACGCUCGAGUCGAUGAUUGCCCAGAUGAAGCUCCAGACGACCAUGGUGCGCAUGCCCAAGAUGCACCUGAAGAGCAGCUUCAAUCUACUACAGUCGUUCCAGAAGAUCGGUUUGUCUUCCAUCCUUAGCCCGGCCAAGAGCAACCUCGGACAAAUGAUUAACGAAAACGGUACUCAGCGUCCGUACGUCAACCAGAUCAUGCACAAGGUCGAUCUCGUCAUCGACGAGGAAGGAACGGAGGGAGCGGCCGCUACUUCGGCUCUCGUCGAUCGUAUAGGACCGCAGCAGUCCUUCAACGGAAAUGCUCCGUUCCUGAUCUACCUGCGUCACGAUGCGACCGGGCUGCCAUUGUUCUAUGGACCGAUUUUCGAUCCGCGCUAAGAGUGCCUUGAAAACCGGAGACUCGAAGCUCGAGUGUUUACCAAAGAGAACGUUAAACGUUCGGUAGUUGCUAGUAGCUGUUUCUGCCGAGUGCACAAACUAACAUUUUAAACUGAGUAUUACUUGCAAGGCAGCUUCGAUCGACGCUAUCCACUUUCGUUUUUAAAUAGGUUAGCUGCUUAAAACAUUGAUGUCUCGUUUAGUUUUACUCGUAGUAAUAGAAACGAAUUAAUAACUUAUUGACCAUGUGAAAGCCAUACCUUGAUCAGGUUCAAUUGACCUACAAGCUAUUGGCUGGUUAUACCAGUGCGCCGAGAAAGAAAAAAACCCAGUGCGGAAACCAGCAGUGCUGUAUUUAUAGACAAGACGCAUUUUCCACAAGCGGUUCAGUUCUAACUGCUUCCUGACGUAUAAAUAAUAAAAAUUAUUCGCGCCCACUAUUAUUUAACUUAUCA